CUGGCGAUGGCGAUGGGGAUUCUUUAUCAAAACAGCUGAGCUGAUUUAUCGCUACACUUCCAAUGAAACAUUGAAGUUGUCGUUAAACACCCAUUAACAAGAGAAAUAGAAAGGGUAGAAAGACAGCAUGCCACAUAAAUAUGAGAAUAAUCGAGCCAGGAAUCGUGGUGGUCCUUAUAAAACCGAGCCAGCUACAGAUCUAUCUAGAUGGAGGUUGACAAAUGUUGAGGGUAGACAAACAUGGCGGUAUAUUGAAGAAGGUCAGCCAGUGGAUAGAGAACAAACUAUGUUAGAACUUUACUCCUUGGGAUUAGAAACAAGUAAGCAUGCACCAGAUUUAUCGAGACCAAGUACAGCUCAGAAAGCAGGGUAUAAUGGUAUAAAGUUUUAUAGUAAGAUACAGGCUGAAGAUGGCCAUUGGGCUGGUGAUUAUGGUGGACCAUUGUUCUUAAUGCCAGGUUUAGUUAUAACAUGUUAUAUUACUGGUACCAAAUUUACUCAGGCUCAGACAUUAGAAAUGAUAAGAUAUCUACGUUCAGUUCAGUGUCCAGAUGGAGGCUGGGGAUUACAUAUAGAAGGACCACCUACUGUAUUUGGAUGUGCUUUAAACUAUGUUGUUAUGAGAUUAUUAGGGGUGUCUAAAGAUGAUCCAGAUCUAGUUAAAGCCAGGAACCUACUUCAUGAAUUAGGAACUGCUAAAGCUAUUCCAUCCUGGGGCAAAUUCUGGCUAGCUGUUUUAAAUGUGUAUAGCUGGGAUGGUUUACAUUCCUUAUUCCCUGAAAUGUGGGUAUUUCCUGAAUGGAUUCCCAUACAUCCUAGUAAAUUAUGGUGUCACUGUCGUCAAGUCUAUCUUCCAAUGGCCUUUUGUUAUGGUAAAAGACUUAAAGCUGAAGAAAAUGAAUUGAUUCUAUCCUUAAGAAAGGAACUUUAUACUGAUGAUUAUGAAAGUAUCAACUGGCCAUCUCAGAGAAAUAAUUGUUCUAAAGCUGAUUUAUAUACUCCACAUUCCUGGUUUCUUGAUAUAGCUUACUAUGCUUUAGAUAUUUAUGAAGGCUACCACCUAUCAUCGUUAAGAGAAAAAGCAUUAGAAAUGUGUUAUGAUCAUAUUUGUGCUGAUGAUAGAUUUACUAAAGGCAUCAGUAUUGGUCCAGUAUCUAAAGUAAUUCAGAUGUUAGCUAGAUGGUAUAUUGAUGGAGCUGACCAUCCUGAUUUUAUACAACAUCAAGAUAGAGUCAAAGAUUAUCUGUGGAUUGGUUUAGAUGGAAUGAAAAUGAAUGGUACUAAUGGAUCACAGUUAUGGGACACAGCAUUUGUUGCUCAAGCUCUCCUGGAAGCUGGUGCUGAUAAGGUUGAGGAAUUUACCAAAUGUUUAGAUAAAACACACAAGUUCCUGAAAGUUUCUCAGAUUCCUGAGAAUCCCCCACAAUAUCAGAAAUAUUACAGACAGAUGAAUAAGGCAAUACUUUACAUUAUUUAUUAUACCUUUUAUUACUUUUCUUUUGGAGGAUUUCCAUUCAGUACCAAAGAUUGUGGAUGGAUUGUCAGUGAUUGUACAGCUGAAGGGUUGAAGAGUGUUAUGUAUUUACAAGAGAAAUGUGAACAGCUAUCACAGACUGUUGAUGUAGAGAAAUUUUACCAAGCUGUAGAUGUGUUAUUAAGUAUGAGGUGCCAUGAUGGAGGUUUUGCUAGCUAUGAAACUAAACGGGGUGGUGUGUUAUUGGAGAAGCUAAAUCCUUCUGAAGUAUUUGGUGAUAUUAUGAUAGAUUAUACUUAUGUUGAAUGUACCUCAGCUGUGAUGCAAUGUCUAAAACAUUUUCUUGACAAACAUCCCGAAUAUCGUGCUGAUGAAAUCCGACAAACACUUGACGAUGGACUGACAUAUAUACAGAGUAAACAACGACCAGAUGGAUCAUGGGAAGGCUCGUGGGGUGUGUGUUUCACCUAUGCUGCAUGGUUUGGACUGGAAGCCUAUGCCUGUAUAGGUUAUAGGUAUGAUAAAAAUAAUGUGCCUGUUGAAGUGAAAAAUGCGUGUAAAUUUUUGGAGUUGAAACAAAAAGAAGAUGGAGGUUGGGGGGAAAAGUUUGAAUCCUGUGAAGAAAGACAAUAUGUAGAAUGUGAAACGUCUCAGAUUGUUAAUACAUGUUGGGCUUUGUUAGGAUUAAUGACUGUUAGAUACCCUCAUGUAGAAGUUUUAGAAAAGGGAAUCAAGUUAAUUAUGGACAGACAACUAUCUAAUGGUGAUUGGCCACAGGAGAAUAUACCAGGUGUCUUCAAUAAAACCUGUGCUAUUAGCUACACUAACUAUAGAAAUAUAUUUCCAAUCUGGACAUUAGGACGAUUUUCACAACUUUACCCACACAGUAAACUGGCUGUUUGAUUUUAUCUAUAUAUUGUUAAUAUUAUUGUUAUUUUCUUUGACCAAAUAAUGUUUUCAAUUGUUUUAUCUUUUUACCACUAUUAUGAAGGAAAAAAAAUGUUUAAACAUAAGAUUAUCUUAGCAGCUAAUUCUUUCUAUAAAUGCCAAUAUAUUAUUGUUAUCUCUAUAUUUUAAUUGUUACUGAAAAUAUUAUUAAGCUGAUGAAUAAAAAUCAUUUCUUCCA